AUGGAGAAAGGUUCCCAGGUCUCAGACAGUGACAGUGAUGAAACAGUGAUUGAGGGGUCAGUGACAGAGAACGAACUGGAAGACGAGGAGCUGCCCUGGAGAAGCUUGUUCUUGAAUCAAGACACAACUUAUAGAUUUGAGUCCUGUCUUCAUCCUGGUAUAAAUGGAAUAUGCAAAGGCAUGCCUUCUCCUGAGAUUCAUCUUGGGUCCAAACAGAGAAAGGACUACAAAGAACAAAAGAGUAAAGAUGAGGCAUUGCUGGCUGUUAGUGAGGACCCAGUAUUACAGGAUCUUCCAGAUGAAACAACACAAAAUCAAGUUCUGUUACAAACUAGAGAGGAAUUACCAGCACUCACUGUGUCAUUUCCUCACCCUGAAGUUUCAUGGAGCCACCAAAACACUGAAGGGCCUGAAGCUGAAAAUUGUGAAAAUUUGCCACACCCAGAAAAGGAACUAAGUGAAAACAUAGAUUCCCCUGAAAUUAGUCUUCUCUCAGGUACUUCUCUUAUGGCAUCUGAUUUGGUUGCACUAAAGGAGAAAUCAUUACCAGAGCCAGUGAAGACCUUAGCAGUAACGGAUACAUUUUCUGAGCCUGGAGAGGAAGUAACGCUGACCAUGACAUCUAAAGAAACCAAAGAUGAAGAAAAGUCUCUUGAAACAUUUGUGUCUGCUAUAGAAAGUUUACUAGAAUCAUCAGGAGGCACCCAAGAGGAAACCCUUCUUGAAAUAAUGAAUGACUUCAGUUCUCAAGAUUUGUUGAACCCAUUGAGCAACUCCUUGAAUUCUGUGUCAGGCCAUUUGAAUGCCUUGUCAGCAUGUUAUAAAGAUGUACAAGAAAACAUGAAGGAUGUUGCUACAUUGCCAGCUGACUUCCUGGCAACCACCAACACAUUACCGGGUGCUGGUGUAGGACCUGUCUGUCAAGAACAAGAGAAAAGCAGCUGUGUUAGUGGUGGAAAUGAAUGUUUACAAGUGCAGCCCACUAUGUCUCAGAUAGAUGAAGAUUGCACACAGAUAGAACAGACUUUAGAAGAUGCAAAACUGUUUAAGUUGCAAACAUUGACUCAUGAAAAUGCCACCUCUUAUGAGCAACUAAACAAUAAGGGAAAUUCAGAUCUCAUGAAAAAUGCCUCCAUCCAGGAAACACCUCAAGUACUAAGAAGAUCAUCUAGACUGGAAAAACUGAAAGCAAGCAGAGAUGUGAUGCUAACAGUUGGCAUAUUGAAGAUGCCAGAAAGGAUUUCAUCUGAAACACUUAGCUAUGAUGAUCAAAUGGAUAGCACAUUUACAACUGAGAAUUUCAGUAACAGGAAGAAUAUGCAUUCAUCCAGUAUCAAGAGUGAACAUGUAAGGAAAAAGAAACAACUUAGAAUAAAAAAUGACGUGGCCACAGGCCAGCAGGCCAGCCUGAUCUCUGCACCUCUUCAAAAAUGUGUUCCUUCUUUCCAGAGAAGGCUUGAAAUGUUAUUAAGAUGUAAAAUACCACUUCAUGAAGCUAGUGUAGGAGGAUAUUAUCAGACAGUAAGUGAACUAUUAAUGGGUGGAGUGGAUGUGAAUGUCAAAGGAAAGUACCAGAUUACUCUCCUACAUGAUGUUGUGAGGAAUAGACAUUACAAGGUGGCAGAAUUAAUUCUUCUGAAUGGAGUUGAUUCAUUAUUUAAAAAUGACCAUGGAACAUGUGCUUUGGAUGAGGCCAAAGAUUCUCACAGGAGGAGGAGCACUGGCCCAGCAUAUGUAGAAGAUGUAUUCCAGUACAAGAAACCAAAAUUAAGUUUUAAUAAUUACACUGAGUCUAUUUUUGAUGAAAAAAUUAAUGGACAGGAACCAAGACAUGUAGAAUUCAAUAAAGGAAGCAACAGUUUACUUGAAAAUAAAGAAUAUGUACAUGAACAUUGCCAGAAAAUUUCCAAUACCACAAACUUUGGCGAUUCCAAGCCUAGGCGAUCAACUGUUAACCAAGUAGACUCUACAGAACUUAGAAGAAAUAAUCUGCAUAAUGUGAAAGAUAGCAGAACUAAUGUGUCUGAAAAUAAAGGACAAAGAAAUAUGCAACAUAUAAGGACUCAAGUACAUGAUAUAGACUGCAAUUUAAGUCAAGCAAUAGCUAUUUCUUCUUUUGGGAGUAUGCAGCAACAUACUGUCCAGACUCUUUAUGACCUUCCAGAAGAAUCAUGUGAGCUUUCUACCCCAACUCUACGAAGCUUGAAAAAUGGGUUUUGUAACAAUGAGGUUUUUAAAAAGUCAAAUACACAAAUCCUGGAUUUAUCAGAUAGUCAAGAAAUGCAGUUCUUGGAAUUAGAGUCCGUUGAUCAAACUGAAACUGCUUCCUUCUCUGAACUUUCAUCAUAUAAAGAAAUAAAAUCACCACAUGUAACUACAGAUCAACAACCUCACACUAACCAAGCACAAAGCAGCAGCCCGUUUAAGUCCCCUGAAAACAAUAGCUCCGAUGAGAAAGACAAGAGCAGUAAUAAAUGGGAGAAUUCUUUCCUCUCCUUCAUAAAGGGACGCUCUGCUGACAGUGACAGUGAUAAUGAUUGCCGCAGCUCUGACAAGUCUGUAACAUCUCAAAAAGAGGGCACAGACCACUGUCAUCAUGAAGAACGCUUGACACAGAGAGAAGUAGAUUCUCAACACUUAUCUUCUGAAAACUAUUUUUCACAGGAAAAUGAGCUAAAAGUAGGUGGCCUAACUACACAACCACAAAGGGAAGCUUUUAAUUCUUGUGAUUCAAAUAAUACACUAAUUUCUGAAAAACAUAUUCCAGUUAAUAAAAAUUGUACAUAUGGAACUUCUUUUGAUCACUCCUCUGACAAUACUGAGCAAAGUUCAAUGCCUUGUACAAGACUGCCUUCAACGCAGAAAGUUUCACCAUUGAGUGUUGAAGUGGAGCUAUUAAAAGCAUUCCAGGAUAAUGUCCCAACUCUUUUAGUAAAUCAAGCUGAUACGCAAAAUGUGGAAAAGAAGCAAGACACAGAAAGGGAUUAUACCGUGAAAGGCCAAAUACCAAGUUCUUCAAAUAGCCCUUUACCCACAGCUGUUCAUUCUCAAGUAAUAGAAAUAACUAAAGGUGAGAAAAGGAGACCAGACCUUCCAGGGAUAAUGAAUAAUUUAGAUUUUCAUUCUCCUGACAAUGUGAAUAAAGAAUUGGCCAAUUCCUUACAACUUAAUCAAGGAAAGGAAAAACCUCACAAAUCAGAUGAAGAUGUAACUAAUAAUGCCAGUAGAGCUGAAAAAAAUGUAAAAUAUUGUAAGCAGAAAAAAGAAAAGAUGGACUGUGAAACUCAAAUGCUUUGUGAUGCACAAGAACACAGAAAAGACCAGAAUUCCAGAAAAACAAAAAGUUCUCUGAAAGCUCACUGCAGCCAAGAAGUGAACAGAGCUGGAAUCAAUAAGAGGAAUGCCAAAGGAGAAAGCCAGCUCCAUGUGGCUUCCAGAAGAGGAAAUCUUUCCGUAGUGAAAGUUCUAAUAGAAUCUGGAGCAGAUGUGAAUCUAAAAGAUUAUGCAGGUUGGACACCCCUUCAUGAGGCAUCUAAUAAGGGAUUUGAGGAUGUAAUUAUGGAGUUAUUAAAAGCGGGUGCAAAUGUGAACUGUGAAAAUAUAGAUGGAAUUUUGCCUUUACAUGAUGCUGUGGUAGGGAAUCACUUAAAGGCAGCUGAGAUACUCCUAGAACAUGGAGCAGACCCUAAUCAGAAAGAUCAGAAACAGAAGAGUGCUUUGGAGGAAGCAAAAAAUGAAAACAUGAAAGAAUUACUAAAAUCUUAUGGUGCUGUUGAGACCAAUAAUGGAGAUGAUAGUAACUCUACGGUUACUGUAAAAAUUCCUGCUGUUCGGCCAAAAAGAUAUAAGCAAAGUAUUUGUAAGGAUGACAAAGCUAUUGGUUCUCCUCCCUUACAAAAGGCAAAGGGAAAUGAAAGCCUUCCUGAGCGCCAGACCAUCAGUGCCAUUCUACAAGAUAUAGAAGAGAAACAAGAAAAUUUACUAAAGUUUGAACUAAGAAACUCUGAGGAUGCAGAACAAUACAUUGGAAAGAUGUUAGAGAUAAAAGAAGUUAUGGAUAAUAUACUUGCUCAACAGAAAACAGAAAGGGAUGAUCUAGCUAAAAAGUACAGAGUAUCCAUGGAAUCAUUUAAACACGGGGCCCUGAGAGAACAACUGGCUAACUUGGCCACAAGACAAAAGAGUCUUUUAGUUGUAGCAAAGAAACAGAAAAAGAUAAGACUGAAGAUUCAAAACUAUAAGAAUGCCACAUCAUUAUCUGGUAUUAGUGUAAGGAAGCUUCCAUGUAGCUCAGACAUCUCUAGUGAGAAGAACCAAGAGCCUCCUAGUGUGGAAAACUUAGCAUAUCCCCAGCCAAGCUCAUUUUCUCCUGUCAGUCUUGCUUAUAGAAGCGUGCAACAAAUACCAUUGUCUCUGGAAAUACAGAGUGACAGCCAGAAUACUAACAUUUGUUUAAAUACAGAGGCAAUGAGAAGAGAAGAAUUCUCUGGAAAUGAAAUUAAUUCUAAACAAAAUGUACAGGAUUGUAUCUUGGGUGGGUUAUUGAAAUUUAGGCACUCAGAUAGCCCUGAGAAAAUUACAUUAUCAUCCCAGCCUGCUGUUCUUACUCCUCAAAUAGAAAAUAUUUUUACAGAAACUACAGUCAAAGGCAAUGGAUUUGAUAGUUCUCCUUCAAUAACUGGCACUAUAAAUAUUUCAGAAAAUAAAAGUAUAUUUUCCCAAAAUGAUGCCUGUUCACCAGCUGUUCCUCAGAAUCAGGAUCUUUUACAUUGUAAUCCAAAAAGAAGAAACAAGAAAACAGCUUCCCAGCAACCAUCUGGGGGAAUAGCAGAGCCUCUGGCACCUCAGGUGAUGGCUGUCUUGGACACUGAGACUGUGCAUCAGACAAAGCCCCAUCUUAAAAAGACAGCUUCUGUUGCUUCACAUGCAAAUAGCAUUCCAAUUUCUCCUUCCUCUGUGUCUGCCCAGCAGCAUUCUACUAAAAAGGCUUCACCACACAGCCCAACUCCCAGAAAGAAGAAUGUGCAGCUGAAAGACUUGAUACUAUGUGGAAGAAUUAAUCCAGGAAAUAACGUUCUGGAAUUCAAAACACAGCUGGUUCUUCAUGUGCUUUUUAAGAAUUAUUUGGCAGGCACCUCCAGAAAGUCAAUGCAAAGCAUCCCCCAUUAUCUACAGAUAAAAGAAAUACUUCUAAUCACCGAUCAAGAGCUUCUGCCGUGCCACAUAAUGGAGCAGCAUUGGAAGUUCUAUGUGGAAUGUAAGAAGCUGACAUUCUGAAGCCUUGUUUUCUUGGUAGCUUAUUUAGUAUUUGUUCUUGUAAUCAAGAUUUCCAUCUUAUAUGGUGGGCCUAUCUUAACCUAUUACUAAUUAUUAACCUGUUAACCUAAU